AAACCGAAGCUUAACCAUUCAUCUUUUCGCCUUCACAUCAAUCUUUCUUUAAGAUCGCAAGGACCCAACUAAAAGACAGCAAGAAGAUGGGUAGAUCACCAUGUUGUGACAAAAGUGGACUCAAGAAAGGGCCAUGGACACAAGAAGAAGACCUCAAACUCACACAAUACAUUCAAAUACAUGGACCUGGCAAUUGGCGAACCCUGCCAAAGAACUCUGGACUUGAACGAUGUGGGAAAAGUUGUCGUCUUCGAUGGACAAACUACUUGAGGCCUGAUAUCAAGAGAGGAAGAUUCUCGUUUGAAGAAGAAGAGAGCAUCAUUCAACUACACAGUGUUCUUGGGAAUAAGUGGUCCGCAAUUGCAGCUCGUUUGCCUGGAAGAACUGACAAUGAAAUCAAGAACUACUGGAACACCCACAUCCGGAAAAGGCUAAUCAAGAACGGAAUUGAUCCAGUGACUCAUCGUCCUCGUCUAGAUCUCUUGGACCUUUCAUCCAUACUAAGCUCAGCUUCCUUUAAUCUCUCAAACCUUUUUAAAAUCCAAAGCCUUGUAAAUCCCCAAGUCUUAAGGCUUGCCAAUCUCUUAGCAUCAACAUCAUCGAAUCAAGAAAACAAAGAGUUGUUUCUUAAUAACUACAUAGCCCCCGUGAAUCAAAAGCCAAAUGAGCCAAUCGCAAAUGUCACUUCCACUCCUUCAAACCUUCCAAGCAAUCAACUUUGGCAUCAAGAAAACCACAUGCAAGUAAAUAAUGGCCAAUACUUUUCAGGGAACUUGGUCAGCUUGAAUUCCCAAAGUAGUCAAGAAAAGUUGAUGCCUCCAUGCAUAACUGAUAAUUCUAUUGCCCUUCAAAACUAUAGCGAUCAAUUUACCUCACAAGCAUCAGAAAGCUCAAGUUUCCAGCCAUCAAAUACUGAAAACAACAAUUUUAACAUCGAUUCUAUUUUUCCAACACCCAUCUCAAGCCCAACACCAUUAGAUUCAUCAUCCAUGUUCAUCAAUGGCAGCAGUACUGAGGAUGAGAUAGAAAGUUACUGCAACAAUAUUUUCAAGUUCGAGAUUCCAGAGAGUUUGGAGUUGGAAGAUUUUAUGUAGAUAUUAUUGUAAAAUAGACGUC